GUUUACUACAACAAACCUUGUAUUACCAUCUCAUGCUGACUCUCGAAGCAUGAUUUUUGGAGGUAUUGUAUUGGGUUGGAUCGAUUUAGCUGCUGGGAUGUCCGCGAAAAGGCACGCCGUUACAAGAAGCGUUGACGCUGUGCAUUUUAUGCAUCCGAUCAGAGUUGGUGAUUUAGUUAUAAUCGUAUCAUGUGUAAACAAGUCUUGGAAUACUUCUAUGGAGGUUGGAGUACGUGUAGAGACGGAACAUCCAAUAACUGGAAAGCGAAAAUAUUGUUCAUACUUAACGUUUGUGGCUCUCAAUCCUGGAAAUUCAAGGAUUCCAAUAGCUACAAGACGUGAGAGUUAUCCUGUAACUGUACCACAAGCCGUACCAAAUACUGCCAUUGAAACACAUCGUUACGAAUUAGCUGAACAACGUCGUCAAACUCGUAUAUCUCAAUCAAAAAAUACUCAAAUAGAACGAACUAAAUUAGCUGAGGUACGUGAUGUAAUGCGUGAAUGGGCUGGACAUAUGAAUAUGGAAACAAUGAGUAAUGCUGAGAUACCAGCUCUUUUACAAGAACCUGAAGCUUAUGAUGAAUAUGAUGGGAAUUCCGGAAAUGAUCCUGCCAAAUUAUAUCUUCGCAGGAGGAGAUCAACACUGCAAGGUGUCUUCCCCCCACAGCCUGAUGAAAGAUUGAUGUCUGAAAGUUUUGCAGAAAUAUCUGAUGUUAUCUUACCACAGCAUGCAAACACAUUGCAGAUUACUUUUGGAGGUCAUAUUAUAAGAUUGAUGGAACAAUGUGCUCUUGUCAGUGCUUAUAAACAUUCCAGAAGACAUUUAUUAUUAGCUAGUAUCGACUCUCUUCAAUUUCUUAGACCAACUUAUGUUGGUGAUUGUGUAACGGUGCGUUCUGUCGUGUCUUGCACAUUCCAUUCAAGUUCGGAAAUAUAUGUAUCUGUUGAAGCUGAAAAUCUUUUAACUGGUGAAAGAUUCUUUACCAACGAUGGGUUUUUCACAAUAGUUGCCGUUGAUUUUACAAAUGUACCAACUCAUAUUCCGCACGUUAAGCCAGUUCAGCCUCAAAUGGUUGAGAUAUAUAAUGGUGCAAAGACGCGGAGAAAUCGUCGACUUUUGCAACGUAGAGAAUUAAUACAAAAAGAAUUGUCCACACAUCCUGAAGAAUUCGAACAGUUUUCGAAUAAACAAGAUAUACAAGAUUCAGCUUAA